CACCUAAUAAACAGGCGUGCUCAGCUGUACAGGCCAUUCUGGGGUUACAUCAAUAGAUGCACUCUCGAUAUGGCCACGUGAGGUGAGGCCCUCGAUUACCAUCCAAUACUGGGAUCAUGUGGCAUCCAUCCUAAGCAGCCCUUUCUCUGGCUAGUAUUUGUCUGUGCAGGCCAGUCUAUGAUGCUGCAGAAUGUGCGAUAUGGUUCGACGAGACAACCGUACACUGCUUGAAGUACCGUUGCUCCAUGAGUCGACUUGCAUAAGUGAGGGUGUUAUUGUCUCUGGCGCAUCCUGCAAUGCAAUGAGACCUGAUGUUGCCAACGAAUGCAUAGUCCAGGAUGGAGAGCUCUAAAAGCGGGCAACAAGAGCUUUGUCGAGCUUCUUUCAGAGCUUCGUGGCCCGUGCACAUCUCCCUGUGAACAGAGGCAAACACCGUCAAGCCAAUAGAAAGCACGAUUGGCUUCAUAACAGAGGCAUCAUUGGAAAUAGAACAGGUUCAGUGGGAUAAUUGAAGCCUGAUCCGGCGAAUCAAACAAAAGAAUAGGCCUUGCAAUUUCAGUAGUCUUCGAUAUCAAGUCUGCCAUCUCUUUGUUUGAUUCGAGAUAAGAUAAAGAGUUUACCCUUAGCUAAUUCUAGGGGAUGACGCUUGUAUCACUGUGGGUCGCUCCUAUCCAUUCUUUGUUUGAGGCGCGGACCUUGCUUCGCCCUCGUCCGCUCCAUCGAAGCAACUCAGGCCUUUUCUCUUCUUUCAUCAAAACAUCGCAGUCUAAGUCGCAACAAUCGCAUAUCUAGCCGUGCUUCCUCUCCGAUCGUGAAAAGUCUCCUAAUCAUUAGUUAACGCGCUUCAAUCGACUUGCGCAGCAUGGCCGAAUAUUCGUCACUCAAGGUGCCCGAGCUGAAGAAGCUGCUGGCUGAGAAGGGUCUGCCUCAGACGGGCAACAAGGCGGAUCUUAUUGCAAGGCUCCAAGAGAACGAUCGAACCUCCGAAACCGCUGAGAAGCCCGCUGAGAACAAGGAGGAUGAAAUCAGCUACAGUGAUGACGAGGCUCCUGCUGAACCCGCCGCUGCCGCUCCUGCAGCCGCCUCUGAGCCUGUUGCUGAGGUUCCUGCCACUGAGGCUGCACCCGUCGAGGCCGCCAAGGCCGAGGAGACGACAGCAGAGAAGCCCGCCGAGACAGCGGAGGCUCCUGCUGAGCCCGAGAAGUCUUAUGCCAUCGGUCUACAAUCCACCGCUGCCGACGACGAAGCCAAGAAGCGUGCCGAACGUGCCAAGCGGUUCGGUAUUGAGGAGGACGAGGACGCGAAGAAGCGCGCCGACCGUGCGAAGCGAUUUGGCCUCGACGAAAAGGAACUUGCUACUACUCUUGACUCGGCACUCCCAGAGCGCUCGCGAAAGCGAGGCCGGGAUCGCACCACUGAAGGUGAAGGAAACCGCCCUGGGAAGCGACAAAGCCUGGACAGAAGAAACGGUGGUGGCGGUCGACGACGCGGCCGUGGUGGUCGAGACGGCGGUCGCGAUGGUGGCGCCCGAAAGGAGAAGACGUCUACCAGAAGUGGUAUUCUUGACGACCCAACAGAGAAGGCCAAGGCAGAGAAGCGUGCUGCUAGGUUCGCUGGAAACUAAUAGUUCUCAUGGUAACCAAUGCGACACGAAAUUUGGCAAGUAAAAAGGCUACAAAUUGAGGAUCGGAUGAAACUGGGCAGAGCAGCAGACUUACGUGAAUGGACCAUUUCUACUUGUACAACAUUCUUAUUUUCAUAUUCAGGCGCAGACUAUCAAGGAUAAAUGAAUAAAGAGGAAAUCGGCGUCUUCGGUUCGACCAAUGUCCACUAUCAAUCAGAAUCUUGAGGUCCAUGGUAAGUUCUCUGUUUCCAGAUCUAACCAGUUGUGAUGAGCAGCCUUGGUAACAGUCCCGGAGAAGACAAGCCGAUGCAAGGCAGCCAAAUGGAAGAACAAUAAAAAAUCGUCAAUUCGUCAGGUUCUCAAACGGCUAGUCUUUGCAUAUAGCUUGAACCGGUCGAUAUCGAUCCAAGCGUUCAAGGAUUCAACUGUCUGAGAACCUACCGAUCUCCUCUGAGAGAGCUUGGGGGCGUAAGGAAAAGCACAAACGGUUAUCCGGCCAUAUUUCGUCAAUAAACAUCUUACCCCUAUCUCGAUGUUGUGCGAACACGGUGGCCUUGCGUAGAGCAAGAUUCUACUGGGAUCAUCCUUCAAAGUCGGAAGAAUCCGCACGAUCCGAAUGGUUACACUUCAACUAAGAGAAGCGGAACUUCAAGAUUUUGCAUCUUGUCAGACAGGACGGGGCCCGAUUCAGUUUAACUAUUUUCUGUUAGUCUUGUCGCCGGAACGACAAAGAGACUGUUCGGAUACGAGCCGUAAAUGGGGCCAAGCUGACUUGAAGCUUGACAUGCAUAUCCACUAACACUCAACACCAUGACCUUGCCUGGGUCCCACUACAUAUACGGCGGAAUUGAGCUUCCAUCACGGGGAGGCCUUCCUUUGACUCUAGCUCCCGAGAGACUUGUGCGCCGUUGCACGACUGCCGGUGCCGCGGUCCUGGUCUUGCGAUGCCCCUAUUCUUGGAGGACCACUUGGAGUGCAACUUACUUUCUCCUGAUGGAUGGUUGAGCUAGGAGACCUUCAUGGGGGAGCGAAAAACAACAGAAGAAUUUUCAAUUCUCAAUCAGGAAAAGUCGCAUCUCUGGCGACAGCUGAGCUUAGUUACAGCUGGUGAGCGAAAGCCGGCCGAGUGGGAGACCACGCGAUUUAAGUUCAGCGUUGAUACUUCAUAUUGGACAGACCGAUCUGAGCAUCAUAUCUGCAGCAAAGCACGAGACUCUUUUUAUCAGCCCUGCCAAAACUUCAGGAUGGUCCAAGUGCCGACGAUUCGUGAAAAUCUGUAGCCAUAGAGCAGAUCGAUGUUAAAGAUGAGUAUAGCGGAAGGGGUAUGCCUUGAUCGGAACAAUGACAUGUCUGGCCCAACACUUCGGACCAAGGAAACACAUUAUGAAUAGCUCGAAAACGCCUGGAACCAACGAGAAACAAAUACUCGCGGCUGCGCUAAUCCCGCAAUCCCAAAGGGGCUCAUGGUUUCUUCAACGACGCAAGCCACGAUCUCCGUUCUCGGACGAUAGUUGCAGUCUCCGAAAGGGCCCGGACAAAACGUGCAGUGACUUCCAUGCCUCAAUGGCCAAUAUUGGCGAGAUGAUGAGCAGAAUAGAAGACACUAUAAAGUAGAAGGAAGCGAGAUAGGACCAUCAUCACCAACAGGUCUGAUCGUGUGGUUGUCAACGUUCCCAAACGCUAAGCUCGAGCCAAGUCUCAGACAACAAGCCAAUCAUGAGGGCAAAACCCCUGCUCUCGCGAUAAAGCAGCCCUG